UUAGGGAUCGGGUAAAACUGUCUCUUUAAGGGAAGAAUGGGGUGGGGGCGUCCCUCACCUCAGGGAGAUCAGACUUGUGCUUGCCUGCCCAGGUUUGCUCAGGGCGUGGCAGCUGUGGAUAAAGGCUGGCCUGGCUUGGCAGCCCGCAUUCUGUUUUGUCCCAGAACCUGCUCCCAGCUUGCUGAGCCACGCAGGACAGUGCUGUGACAUGCAAGAGGUGGCACUGAGCCUCAUGGUCCUCCUGGCAGGCCUUCCUGCCCUGGAUGCCAAUGACCCCGAAGAUAAAGGUAGUCCUUUCUACUAUGACUGGCACAGCCUCCGCGUGGGUGGGCUCAUCUGUGCUGGGAUUCUGUGUGCCCUGGGCAUCAUAGUCCUCCUGAGUGGAAAGUGCAAAUGCAAGUUCAGACAGAAGCCCAGUCACCGUCCAGGGGAUGGACCACCUCUCAUCGCACCAGGCUCUGCCCACUGCUGAGGAUGGACCAGCAGAAAGAGCAGUGUCUCUGUGCCCACCUCCAGGCUCUUCAGGUGGACUGGCACUCCAGGAUGGCCUGUCCCCUCCUCUCCCAAGACGGCCUUGUUGGGGGCUCAUCUCACCUCUCAUGGGAGCAGGCUCUUUGUUCAAUUUUUUAAUCUAAAGUGAUUUUAUAUCCUGCCCUGGUGAUCUUGAGACUCUACACGCUGGGGUGGGGCAAGGGGCUGUGAGCAGGUGAAAGGACGCUGGGGCAGGAAAGGCACCCAGGUGGCACAGAAACUGGUGGCUGAAUUUUGACUAAAUUAGGCCUGCGUGUCAUGGCCUAGUGGUGGUGGGCCCAGCCCUCUCCCUCCCCUUCAAGAUGUUCUAGCUGUGAACAAGGGACAUUUCUGAGAGUGAAAGAGAGCCAUAGGCACACCGGAGCACGCUGGUGGACUUUGGGACCAUCCCAGAAUAUCGAGAAUCUAAGAUUAGUUUACCAUGCUGGGGAUACUCAGUUUAGGACCCCCCCCCCCACCUUCACCUCUUGCCACUCACCCAUAGACCCCACUUUAUAACGAGAAUUUUCCAUACACCCCCUGGUCCUAUGAGACCUUGAAUUCCCCAGGAUACCCCUAAAAAGAUACAGUCUGAGAAUCUCCAUGACUCCAGGACCAUCCCAGAAUAACAAGAAUCUAGGAUUAUUCUACCAUGCUGGGGAUACUCAGUUUAGGACACCUCCCACCCCAUCCCCCACCACUCACCCAUAGACCCCACUUUAUAACGAGAAUUUUCCAUACACCCCCUGGUCCUAUGAGACCUUUAAUUUCCCAGGACACCCUUAAAAAGAUACAGUGUGAGACUC